UUACAACGACGAAUUCCACGAACUUUCUUCCUAGGGGAAGAACCUCCAAUAAUUAAACCCAGCUUCGGUUUAAGCUAAGGUCGGUUUAAGAACACCUAUUUCGUUUACAAAACUCUCAUCCAAUUAACUUCCCCCACGUGUACUCCAUGAGACCGGAAUUACACAAAAAUUCCAAUAAUUAACCCUCCCCUUAAAAGAAAAGAAAAUGAAAAUUGAAGUUUUCGAACGGAAGUUACGGAGAGAUGCGUUGGGAAUAUAUCAAUUUAAUUUCUUAGAAACGAAGGUAGUUUCUUAUAAUAAAUUGGAAAAAGUCGGCGAAAAUCGAGCUCUUCAGGGAUAAACUAAUGGCAACUGCAACUAUGGCUACCGCAGCCGGUGCAGCUGCUCUAUUGUAUUAUACAUUGAAUCGUAAAUUGCAGACAAAUAAGCCUGGUGAGGAUGACAAUGAAAAUGGAAGUGAUUUGUCUGGUACUGCUCCUUUAGGAAUCGAGCGUGUUUCACAUAGAUUAAUUCAGGCUCCUGCAACAUGGUUAGAGACGAUUUCUACUUUGUCUGAAACUCUUAGGUUUACUUACUCUGAGACUCUGGGGAAGUGGCCCAUUGGAGAUUUGGCAUUUGGGAUCAACUUCUUAUUGAAGAGGCAGGGACAUUUACAUGUUGCGAGUGUAUUUGGUGGUAAAGAUAGCAUAGAGCUCAAAGGAUCAGAUAUAACCGCUGAACUUAGAUAUCUAUUAAACUUGUUGACACUGUGUUGGCAUUUUUCAAAAAAACCAUUCCCUCUAUUUUUGGAGGACACUGGUUAUGCUGAGGAAGAUGUCCUUCUCCAAGAACCCAAAGCGGGGAUUUUGAAGCCUGCAUUUACAAUAUUAGUUGACCACAAAAGAAAAUGUUUUCUUCUAUUGAUUCGCGGAACACAUAGUAUCAAGGAUACUCUGACAGCUGCAACUGGGGCUGUGGUUCCAUUCCAUCACUCUGUUGUAAAAGAGGGAGGAGUCAGCAAUUUAGUUUUAGGUUAUGCGCAUUGUGGAAUGGUAGCAGCUGCUCGGUGGAUAGCAAAGCUUGCUACUCCUUGUCUUAUUAAAGUGCUUGGCCAAUAUCCAACUUAUAAAGUUAAGAUUGUAGGGCAUUCAUUGGGUGGAGGCACUGGUGCACUUUUAACUUAUGUGCUGCGGGAGCAAAAGGAGUUAUCAACAACUACCUGUGUCACAUUUGCUCCAGCUGCUUGUAUGACGUGGGAGUUAGCAGAAUCGGGGACUGAUUUUAUUACUUCUGUUAUAAAUGGAGCAGACUUAGUGCCAACAUUUUCGGCUGCCUCUGUGGACGAUUUGCGUGCUGAGGUGACGGCAUCUGCUUGGCUGAAUGAUCUGAGGAAUCAAAUUGAGCGCACAAGAAUUCUGAGUACUGUUUAUCGAUCUGCAUCUGCUUUGGGUUCUCGUCUUCCAUCCAUAGCCAGUGCUAAGGCAAAAGUUGCUGGGGCUGGAGCAAUUUUGCGCCCAGUAUCUAAUGGUACACAGGUUGUGAUGAGAAGAGCCCAGAGCAUGGCUCAGGCAGCAUGGACACGUCCUGCCAUAAACUUAUCCUCUUGGUCAUGCAUUGGACCCCGUCAUCGCGGCACAGCUGCUCGAUCAAACUUGAAGGAAGAGGGAAGUUCCCAAGAAAUUUCCCCCAACAAAGCAGAAACGUCUGAGCCUCUUUUAACAUCUCCUCAGAGAAACUCAUCUUCAAGUACGAUAGAAACCAUUGAACUUCCUGUGUCUUCAUCAGGAGUUGAAUGGACUUCGGAAAUUGAGUGUUCAUGUUCUGAUGACCCACACCAUGAUAGCGAUGCUAAUCUAGAUGAUGGCGAGGACCUCAUAAGCCACAACUCACAUGAAGACCACAUGGAUGAAGUGGAGUUGUGGCAACAACUAGAGCACGAGCUUUACAAUAGGACGGAAGGUGAGGAGGCUGAUGUUGCUAGCCAAAUAAGGGAAGAAGAAGCAGCCGCCAUUGCAGAGGUUGGUGAGGGCCAGCCAGAUAGCGCUGUUCCAGAAACGAAGGAAGUGCACAGGUUUUUCCCUGCAGGAAAGAUUAUGCAUAUUAUUACACUUCAAUCCGACGCAGUGGAGUCUGAGGCUAGUACUUCCGCUUCAAACGACACUGAUAAUGGCCAAAGGACAAUGGAGGCUAAGAUUGGGAUUUUCCUUACACCAAGAUCGCUGUACAGUAAAUUGCGGCUUUCUCAAACCAUGAUAAGUGAUCAUUUUAUGCCCAUUUACAGAAGGCAGAUAGAAAAGCUAAUAAAGGAACUUGAAGAGGAGCAAGCUGUGAGUGGUCAGAAUCAUGGUGGAUAUACUGCAGAGGUAGUCUUAUAGGAAACGAAAUUUUUUCUUUUUUUUGGACGGAUACAAAUUGUUUGGAACUAACCCCUCUAAAAGGCUUAAAAGUGAAUUGUCUUAAAUAUUCUUAAAAGAUUAAAAUCAACAAUUUUAAAUCUUUACUUCA